GCAACUGGUGCUAGUUUAAUGGACAAGGAAGAGAUAUUUGUUUAGGUUUAGUCUGAGAUCACGCAUACUCUUAUUUCGUCAAAUAGUCUGGCUCUUUUUUUAAUUCGUCAGGAUGCCCUUGUUCGCCCAAAAUCCAUUUGACCAAGAUGUCGAGAAAUCAACCAAUGAAAACAACACAACAGAUGACUGGGGGCUCAUUAUGGACAUCUGUGAUAAGAUUGGAACGACGCCCAAUGGACCAAAGGACAGCUUGAGAUCCAUUAUGAAGAGAGUCAACCACAAAGUGCCCCAUGUUGCCAUGCAGGCCCUAAAUUUGUUGGGUGCUUGUGUGUCAAACUGCGGCAAAAUCUUCCACUUGGAAAUCUGCUCAAGGGAGUUUGCCAGUGAAGUACGGAGUGUGCUGAGUAGGGCUCACCCUAAGGUGUGUGAAAAGCUGAAGGCUCUGAUGGUGGAGUGGGCAGACGACUUCCAGAAGGAUCCUCAACUCAGCCUGAUUAGCGCCACCAUCAAGUCUCUGAAAGAGGAAGGUAUUAGCUUUCCUUCGGCAUCAUCACAGGGGUCCGCCACAAAGGUCAGCACACCUGCUGUGAGCCAAGCAUCGGAUGAUGACAACUUAGCUAAAGCCAUCGAGCUGUCUUUGCAGGAGCAGAAGCAGCAGGCAGAGACACGACCCCUGACCGUGACCUCUGACCCCCCGACCUAUACCAACGGCAGCGGGGGGCAGGAGGCCCGGAAGGUGCGUGCACUCUACGACUUUGAAGCGGCUGAAGACAAUGAGCUGACCUUCAAAACAGGAGAACUUAUUCUGGUUCUGGAUGACAGCGAUCCAAACUGGUGGAAAGGAGAGAAUCACAGAGGAAUGGGACUUUUUCCUUCCAACUUUGUCACCACCAAUCUGAGCGCUGAGCCAGAGACAGUGGCGUUUGUUGAAAAGGCAAACAGCCCUGAAGAGCCGAGUGUGGAAGCCAAAGUUGAGCCUGAGCCUGUUUUCAUUGAUGAGGGGAAGAUGGACAGAACACUGGCACUGCUGCAGAAUGCAGAUCCGGCAGAUCCGGCUCCUGACUCUACAGACCUGCUCCAGCUGGAGGGUGCAUGUGAACAGAUGAAUCCGAUGAUUGAUGAAAAGCUGCAGGAGAUUGACAGGAAACACUCAGAGCUGUCAGAGCUGAAUGUGAAAGUUUUGGAGGCCCUGGAACUUUACAACAAGCUCAUGAACGAGGCUCCUUUCUACUCAGCCUAUUCCAAGAUGCAGGCGCAGUAUCCACCAGCCAACUCAGCUGUAGCCAUGCAGGGCUACCUCGGGCCAGCCGGCGCUCCCUACCUGCCUCCAGUGAUACCACAGGGUCCUCCUGCUCAGCCCUACACAAUGCCCAGCGACCAGCCCGGACCACUGCACUCACUGCCCCCCAACGUCUCCGCCCCACCCAACAGCCAGCCUGUGCAGCCUCCCUAUAUGAGCACCGGUAUGAAUGCUCAGUACAUGAACCAAGCUGGAGUUCCUUACCCUCACCAGGCGGGCAUGGCAAUGGACAUGUCGACCUAUCACAACUCCAACAUGCCUCCUGUUUCCUAUCCUGUGGCUGCUCCCCCUCACCAGGCUCCUCAGCAGCAGCAGGCAGUGUAUUAUCAGCAGCCUCUGUUGUAAAAGUCAGACUGACCGCAGGCCUGAGGGGAAUACACACUUCAGAUAUUUCACUGUCCGUGCGUGUGCGUGCGUGUGUGUGUGUGCGUGCACAUGUGAGUGUGUUUGUGUGUGUGUGCGUGCGUGCCAGCGUGUGUGUGUGCCAGCCAAAUGAACACACCUUGCGGAAGCUGAAAUAACUGAGGUGUGUAUGUAACGCAGGUCUGUUGUUCAUCUGAGUCAGGACUCUCUGUGUGCAUGUCCUCCGCUACUGUAUGUGAGGCUAACAUGGCUUCAGAAGAAGUUUUCUCAUGUCCUUCACUGCUUUUUCCUGGCUGGCAGUGAAUGCGGCGCUGGGCUUCACACACAACACAGAAGAAGAGUUGGGUUUGCCCACCCAUACUGGACCAUAUAAAGAGAGUCAUUGCCUAAUUCUGAAAAAGAAAUGAGCAUUUUACAAAUCAUAGUUCAACACAAUGCUACGCCCCAAACUUUGCUAUUUCUGAUUUUACCCCCUUCAAAGAAUUCACACAACAUGAGGGUCAGGCCAUGCCCACAUUAAUGUAGAUAAAUGAGGAAAAUGCUUCUUUUUCUACCAUGUCUGUACCGCUAAUGUAGCAAAAGCAAUCCCGUCACUGGAUAUGUUCAGCCACAGCACUGUGGUGCAUUAACAGCAGCCCAAAAGAACAAUGUAAUUACAUACGAAAGUCAGAGUGGCAUAGACUAAAACAGCACCUCUGCAAGUGAAAUGUGAGCCUCGACGGAAGCCUUUGCAUGGCCGGCUCAGAGAUGCAUUAAUGGAAACUGGAGCCUGUCAGAUGCUUGUGAGAGAUAUGACUUAAAUACAAUAUGUAUGCUUAAAUCAUGCCUGCAAACUGAUAAAAAAUACAACUUUUCCAAAAUGGUCCCCAGAGUAAAAAUGAAUCAAAAUAAGAUGGUUUUGUGAUGAAGCUUGGACAUAAAAUCUGAGCUGUCAUGCAUAAUAUACAUUGUAAUAGUGUGCUAACUAAUGUGGAUUGAACCCCAUCUGACACCUAAAUUGCAUCUUCAAAUGUACCUGCAUUGAGGUUGUCAAAAGUAUCAAUCCUUUGAUACUUUUUAAUACCUUGUGUUAUGAUAUCCACAUCCGCUAGUAUUGAAUGUAUCAAAAAAGAAGAAAAAAAAACAUCUGCAAUCAGUUUGCUGCACAGAUGAACAACAACAGGGAAGAAAAUGAACUGUCUCUUGUAUGUGUUCAGUGAUGUUUUCUGUACUAGCGAGUGUGCAGGUAAAAGACAAAAUCCUUUUUUUGCUUUGUCAUGGCCUUGAAAGAGUUGUUGUUUUUUUGUUUGUUUUUUAACUUGUAUAGUUUGUAACAAAGUUUAAAAUUCUGCUAUCGUGACAACUUUAAUCUACAUUAAUGUGAACAUGGCCUAAAUGUUUUUUUUUCUUUUCUUUUUUUUUUAAUCAUCUAGUUUUUAAGUUGGUAGGUGAAUUCAUCUGAAGGCAGGUACAGGUUAUUAUGACCAUCUCUUUGUCCUGUAGUGCAGUGUGCAGGUGCUCACUUCAGGACAAAGUGUGUCCUUAUUUAAAAGGAAGGAGCUCCAUUGUUUCCAUCGUCACCAGCAUCCAUCAUGUUCACUGAUCUGUUUCAAACACAAGUACAACUUAUAUUUUCAAAUAUCAAAUAUGUAUGUUAACAGUUGUUUUUGUGUAAAUGGUUAAAAAAAAACACAUUACUUUCCCUUAAACUCACUGCCUUGUAAUGCAUUCUGUAGUUGCAUUUGAGAUAUUUAAGAUGACAUUUUUGUGCGUGUGUGUGUAUGUGUGCACAUAUUUGUUUUUUACAUGUUUGUAUGUGUUUGAGGGCUUACCCAUAAUAGGUUCUUCAUUGUAAAAUGUUCACACAGAUAAUCAGAUUUUUAGUGUGAAAUGAGAAAUCGUUAGUUGGAUCUCUUUGUGUGUUUAUUAAUCUGAUGAAAAUGCUGCAUCUGUUCAUGAUUAUCACAUCAGUACCUUCCUGCCUCUCAUCUUCAUGUGUGGGGUCUCUUCCAUGUCCUGUCAAUGUUUUAUGCAAAUGCACGAUUCUGAGAAUUUUCAUGUCUAUAUACUUCAAUUUCAAACUUGUCAAUGAUGUUGCCUGUUCUUUGAUUUAUAUAUAUUGAGACAUUAUACAUGUAUAAUUUACAUGGCUGGAGAAUGUGUAAUUAUUAUUCUUACUCUGCGUCUGCUUUUGCUUUCAUUUCCCAGACAAAAUGUAAAUGGUAAUUUUUUUUCAAAAGGUUCAGAAACUAUUAGUUGCUGUUAAUAUGAAGAAAGUCAAGUGAGAGAUCAUGUUUUGAACCUUCUGUUGGUUUUUAUUCAGUUUCGGGGUUAAAAUUAAUGAGCAUCUUUCAUAGAAUCUACAGUAGCUCCGUAGCCAGAACUGUCUAUAUUUCCUUUACACGCCUCAUAUUAAAGGCAUUGUAUAUUAGAUGUAAAAUAUCUGGUUUUGUUGGUGAUAUUGCACCUUAGCUUUGUAAACAUUUAUUUACCACUGGAUGCCUUGUUUUUCUGUAGAAAUCAAAGAAUGACAUGGACACAACUUUGGCGAGUAACUUCAGUCUCAGAAUCCGCUGGAUAUGUACAAUUCUGUAUAUUUAAAAUAUUCCAGGAAAAGUUCCUUUAUCCAGAAUUUUAAAUCUGCUUUUUUAACAGAGCAAACUUAUAAUAUUCUUUGAAAUAAAAAGAAAUUUACCUGUGUUAA